AAUAAAUUGGCCUUGUUAUGGUUCCCCCCCUCUCCCUUCCCUUGAUAUAUUUCGAAGUAUGAUAGGCAGUGGUUGGAAAUAGUUCUAUUGUAUGACAUAUUUCCGGUAGAGCUCCCCUCGCCUCGUUUCGAAACGACCUUUUUCAUUCUCACCACCUUUCUCCCUCGCCGACUCGGAGCUCUUGCUCUCGCCCUCCGACCCCAAGACCCCAAUCCCACGCGGGCGGCCCUGGGCGGAGAAGGAACAAGGGACUUGACAGCUACCAUUAUCCCAUUUGGAAACUCAAGCUGCCCUUCUCCGCAAAAUCUUCUUUCUUAUUUCCAUUUCCUAAUUUAGGAUUUUUCCUUUUUUCCUUCCUUUUUUCCUUCCUUUCUCUUCGUCGAGCGAGGCCUACCCCCCCCGCUCUUAAAACGUGCGCGGCUCUCUCCCAGCGAAGGAGAGCGAGAUCCCAUUCUAAGCUACUUCCCGGCUCUCGCUGCACUUCCUCCCUUCUCUUUUUCCUCGCUCUCCCCACCACCCACACCACACGCACCAGAAGCUGCUGCCACUACCAGGAGCAAGCAAAGCAGCAGCAACACCUGCCACACCCACACCAAACCCCAUACCCAUACGCUACAACUUAACCCACCACUACCGCCAACCAACCCACCAUCGGCAACUCCACCACCACCACCACCUCCACCACCACUAUUACACCCAACAUCUCAUCCCACCAAAUACGUCCCGCUACUGCUACCUCUAACUUCCUCCGCCUCCACUUCCUGCCCACGAUCAACUGUCCUCCCGCUUUUGUCUGCUUCGGCAUCUCUUACACCUGCCACUACCGCUACCUAUAACCCCUAACCCUUGGCACUCCCACACCUACCCCGUGCGGUACCUUUUUUCUUGACCAUCCAACCGCUGUCCGCGUUUAAGCCUCACGGAAAAACCAUCGGCAGCACCCAACAUCUCAUCACCUGUCACCCGCUUUGCACGGUACAACGACCCCCCAAUUGCCUUUACCGGCCUCGACUCAGGAUACCUCCUCCCACAGGAAAUAACCGAACCACAGAAAAACCUCAACACACGGUCGCGAGCAGGGGAGAGGGACCCUCGACAACCACGGUGGAGUUGGAAGUCCGGAUUCGACAGCUGGUUCCACCGCUACUUCAAUGGCUCACACAGCGGUCGCGUCCGCCGAUGACAGCGACGACAUUGGCGCGCGUUUGUCCAGUCAGAAUCUUCCGCAGAAGCCCUUGAUUAUGGAGAAAGUAAACAAUGAGGGCGACUUGAAGCAGUGUCGACAUCAUGAUCAGUGUUUCUGUUAUGAGUACUUGACCCUGUUGGAUAGGCCAGACUACAAGGAUAAAUGGCUCCCGGAUAGCCCCGAACCCGAGACGAAGCUUCUGAAGGUCAAUGGGAGUGCUCCCGCACCCGGGAGCGGGAAUGUACCGAGUGUUAAUGGGACCACGAAGCCGCCGACGGUAGCGAAGAAGUUUAGCUUGGGUCAGUACAAGGAUAGAAUCGCAGGAAAGACACCAGCAAAGGCCUCGGUUCCUGCUGCCACACCUACUACUUUAACGGCUUCAAAGAAUUCACGGGUGACGGUAAAGAAGCCUGCCGAGAAUAACACUCCGGAGAGGCAGGAGGUUGUAGUUAGGGGCUCUAAGGAAGUGCGGGGGGCACCGGUGCGAGAAGGGCCACCCCCUAAGAAACGACAAAGAACUGUGACUCCGCCGCCCUUGCGCCCCCCUCCUCCUCCACCCCCAGCGAUAGCUGCUCCGACUCUGCCUUCGCUCCCGCCAUUACUGAGUCCUACACUACCGCAGGCUAUCGAGGAGGCACUUGCUCAGGAGGAUAGGGACAGGGACAGGUCACGCGCGAAAAAGGAUGAGGGUUAUGAGGGGUCGACAGCUUUGAAGCAGCAGCGACAAAGGGCAGAUUCUAAUGCUAGCGACAAGGGAAGGAAGCCUAUGGCUUCAGGGAAAAAAUUGCCGGGAUCUACUUCCAGCACUCCCCGUCAUACUCUCCAAUCACCCAGCAAAGCAGUGGGAAACAAGACGAUCCCGAAGAGCGCUCUUGGCGGCAACACCACCCCCAAGACUGUGUCAGCUAAAACGGUGAGCAAGCGACCGGUCAGUCCGAAGCCAUCUGGCUCUCGCGUCUCAUCAAAAUAUCCGACCCCGUUAGAAUCAGGCCCCUCGCUAGUUGUUAGGUUAAAGUUCAGCCGCCGUCGCAUCAAGGACGUUGUAAGUUUGUUACGGUUGAAACCUAACCCUAAACGAGUUCGCCAAGACGAGGAUCAGCACUUAUCGGCGCCUCCUGCCAAACGGCAGAAGGGGACCGAAAACCUGAACCCUUCCGCCACGAGAUCUCCCGCGUUCAAGUCUCCGGCACUGAAGGCGCCCAAGGAGCGUGACAUUAUUACGCCUCCGAAGAAACUUAACGGCAGUGCGUCAUUGAAACGAUCGGACUCUGAGGGACGUGUCCAUACGCCGGCCAAGGCAGAGAGAAACGGAGGGAGAAAUGGUGUGGGUUCAGGAGCUCCGCCCAAGGAGUUGACUCCUGCUAUUUUGGCGGAGGCUAAAGGGCUUAGGAAGGAAUAUUCCAGAUUUUCUGAGUUCGGGAAACAUGCCAAAUAUGAAGCUGAUAGAGUCUUCAAGUCACUGGACGGGCCAGCAGCUGACCGGGACAAGCUCCGAUAUGCUACCGUCGUUCUUACUGAUUCAGUUUUGUGUUUCAUGGUCUCCUUCUCCUUCGAGCAGGAAGCGAAAGUGCUGGAACGUCGUUCCCCACCGGUGGAAAUGUGGAAGUCGAUUAUUCCGCUCUGUCUCUUUGUCGGCGACAAAGCCGUGCCAUACCCAUCCCUCUUCGGUCUCAUUAAGCAACUGGAAGCCGUGGUCCGCCAACACAUCUUUGACCUCGAAAUAGCGCAGUACGAUAAGAUGCCCAUCCCAGACACAACCUCCAAAGCGCCAACCCCCGACUCGGGCGGAAAUACCGCCGGCGACCAGAUGAGGGCCUACCAGUCCUUCAAAUCUGCCCUCACGAAAUCUUCCCGUGAACUGAAGGACUGCUGGCUCGUUGGCAAUAAGGGGCUCACGUACGAUGACAUACAAGCCAAGUUCCCGCAGACCUAUGCUUUGAGGAGUAAGAAGUUUAUCCAUCCUAGUGCUAUCAAUGUUAAGAACGGGCAGUUCAGGCAGGCAUACCAAUUGCCCUUGCAUAGGAAUUCGACUAUGCUCGAGGCGGUGAACUUUGGAUAUUUCUUUUUGCUGGAGUGGGUCGCUGGAGAGGGGAUUAAGUUUCAGAGUAGGCUGGCGGAGACAUUUCGGUAAUGGGGAUAAGGGAUGAGGGAGCGGCUUAACCGCUCUGGUGGAUGUGAUGUUUUUCAACGGGAUCUCUUUUCAUAAAACCUUUGCGUGUUUUUUUUCGGGCUUUUUCGGUCUUGUCUUGUAUUGGUGUUAUUGGGAUGGCGGGGCCCGGGAUGGGUUUGCUUUACUUUACUCCACUUUGCUCACUUCUUUUACUCGUUUCUUUCUUUCUUUGUUUAUUUUACCUCUUCUUUGCUCUUUUGUUGACCUUUUUUUACGGCUUGGGUUGUUUUAUCCAUCAUGUCGCUUUUUGCUUGCUUUCUUCAAGAAUGCCUUUCAACUACUCCACCUUUACUUUUAUUCUUCUACCCUACUACCCUACUCCACUUUUAUCCUUACUUUUAUGUUUCUUCUGUUUUUCACUUCACUUCACUUCACCUUUUAACUGCAUAAUGUCUUUUUUCCCUUUCCUUUCCUUGUAAGAAACGGCUUAUGACUUUUCUUUUUCUAUUUCAUUUGACUGUCCUACCUCACUUCACCUCACAUCACCUAACCUCAGUUAACCUACAAUACCUCACCGUCUCUAACCAACCUAACGUACCUAGCCACGAUACCUACCUACCCACCUACCUGCCUGCCCGCCUCCCUCCUUCUCACCAAUUCUCCACAGUAAGACUAAUUUUCGCAAACUUUUCAAGAGUUUGAGAAAGAAAAAGAAAGCACGACCCUUGUUUGUCGGCUGUAUACUAGGGUUUUCAUAAAAAUCUGUGUAGCAUAUUUCAUUUUGGAGUUUUUUCCCUCAUUAUUCCCAGUGUCAAUGUCAAUGUCAAAUUGGUUUUCUUUUUUUUCCCAAUGUUGGACCAGACAGACAGUAGUUUGGUUCGCCUUGGCUGGCGGAAGGUGAGGGGGGGGGCGGACAUGUACAAUACAAUACAAUACAACGACGGCGAAAGAAUUAUCGUUCUUCCCGGGAAAAAAUAAAAAUAAAUUAAAUCAACGAA